UUGCAUUGCAUAUAACUACGCUUAUUUUACUUUACGUGACAGAGCUUUCACUUCCCAAGUCCCUUCUUUGAUUAGUUUCUCUUUUUUUUCUCCCCAUAUCUGUAUAUGUGGCUUAGAUUAAUCCCAACAAUUGUUGUGACACCCAUAAACCAAAACUAUGCAUAAAUCUUUCACUCUUUUCACUACCGAUUCUUCUCUUUAUCUCCUUCCAUAAUCCAGCAAAAAAAAAAACAAGAAAGUCCUCAUGUUGAAUGAUCAAAGGGCUAGCACUAGCUAUGGACAAUAUGAUGAUCAUGAUCAUGAUCAUGAUCAUGAUGAUAAUCAUCAAGAAGGCGGCAACGAUGAGCAAAUCAGGGACAUCCACGCUCUGACCCCACCACAUCCUCCUCCACCGCGACGUCGAAGAGAAAUCUGGGAAACUGGCAGUCAUAGAUCAUCAACAUCCAUGGCUAGUGAAGGUGGAAACAGUGAGAAUUUCACAACCAUGAGUAGGGAAUUCAGUGCUCUGGUUCUAGCAGGUUCUACCAUUGGUAAUAAUGGAACCAAUACUACUAUUGAUAACGAUAGUUCUGUAAAUACUGGAAACAAUUUGGGAAUGAUAGGGGAAGAUGAGGCCACUGAGGAGGAGACCAAUCCUUUGGCUAUUGUCCCCGAUAAUAACCCUUUGGAUCCCGUUGCAUCUCCUAGACGCCGAGCUAUGGCGGCUGCUAGAGGAUCAUCUCACACUUCGUCUUCCACGACCAUGACCGGUGUUGGUGGUGGUCAUCAAGGUGAUCAGGUGGUUUCGGUACAAAGAGUGAAGAAAGAGGAGGUGGAGUCGAAGAUAUCGGCGUGGCAGAAUGCGAAGAUAGCCAAGAUUAAUAAUCGGUUUAAGAGGGAUGAUGCUGUUAUUAAUGGAUGGGAGACUGAGGAAGUUCAGAAAGCGACUUCAUGGAUGAAGAAAGUCGAGAGGAAGCUAGAGGAGAAAAGAGCAAGAGCACUAGAAAAGAUGCAAAAUCAGGUGGCAAAAGCACAUAGAAAAGCAGAGGAGAAGAGGGCAUCGGCUGAGGCUAAGAGAGGAACCAAAGUUGCUAGGGUUCUUGAAAUUGCCAACUUGAUGAGAGCUGUUGGUAGAGCUCCUGCUAAACGUUCCUUCUUCUAGACCCAUCAUGAACCCCACAAAAAGAAAAAAAAAACCACCCCAAAAAAAAAAAAAAAAAAUUGGACAUGGAAAUAAAUUAAAUAUAAAUAUGCCCCACAAACUUAAAUUCAAGGUCCUUAAAUUUCCCUUUCUAACAAGGCACCGUAUAUGAUAUUAGGGCAGUGAAGAGUGGACAGAAAAAAAGAAAAAAAAGAAAAGCAAAGAAGGAAUUUAUUUGAAUGCUUUUGAAGGGUCUGUUUCGUUUUUGAGUGUUUGAAGUGUGUUGGAAGACAUAGAUAGAGAGAGAGAGAUGAGAGUGGUGGUGGAACAACUAUUUUGUUCUUGUACAGUUUUAUCAUAAUUCUUGAUAAGGACUUGUUGCUCAAUGCUAUUAAUAAUUGUAUUA